CAUGGGCCAUGGUGAAUAUCAAUAUUGUAUUCCCACCUUUUGUUCCUGUUCAGCUUCUUCUACUAUAACUUGUCUUCCACUUCUAACUCUACUAGUACCACAAAUUCAACAUUUCAUUUGUUGUGUUUCUUCUCUUUUUCAUGAUUUUAAGUGGAUUUAUCUAUUAUAUUGAAAAGGCCAAGAUAAUUGCUGAGAAGUGUUUUUCCCUGGAAAGUUAUAGAGAUUAAUUUAUUGCCAAUGGGUGCUGGAGGUUGGCUCACGAAGAUAAUCAGCUCCAAGAAAGAAAAGAAUAGCAAGGAAAAAUUCAUAAAGGUACAUUCGGCUCCUAAAAGUAUAGAUGGAAUGAAUGAGGAUAUCUCUUCCCAGGAAGAGAUCACUUAUAAUGAUAAGAAUCUUGUUCCCCUUGCUAUAACAGUUGAGGAUAUAGCAGCAAUCAGAAUCCAAAAUGCAUUUCGAGCAUACAAGGCAAGAAAAGUACUUCGGCAUUUGAAAGGGACUGCAAGGUUGCGUACCUUGACUCUAGGAAGUUCUGCAAGUAAGCAAGCUUCAAUUACACUGGGACACCUUCACACAUGGAGUAGGAUACAAUCUGAAAUUAGAGCACGUAGAGUAAGUAUGGCAACUGAAGCUCGAAUCAGGCAGAAGAAAAUGGAAAGUCAACUAAAGCUCGACUCAAAGCUUCAUGGCCUAGAGGUGGAAUGGAGUGGGGGGACUGAAACAAUGGAGGAAUCACUUGGAAAGAUUCAUUUAAGGGAAGCAGCAUCAGUCAAGCGUGAGCGAACAAUGGCUUAUGCUUUCUCUCAUCAGUGGAGGGCCACUUCAAAUUCUGAUUCAAAUAAUUCUGAAAUUGGCAAAGCUAUAUGGGGUUGGAGCUUGACAGAACGCUGGAUUGCAGCUCGACCAUGGGAAAGCAGAGCCCUUGUUCAACCAAGUCCUAAAAAAGCACUGAACAGGCAAUCAAGCAAGAAUGGUAAAAUUCAGAAAUCGCCAACGAUGAAACUAAUGCCUUCAGUUAAGUCCAUUUCACCUAAUGGCAAGGGAACUAUAAAAGGCAGGAAGUUGUCUUAUGGAGCAACUGACCAAGAGGCGACCUCUAAUAAAGAACAGACAGCAUCAUAACUGCAUGCCUGUGGUAUCAACAGGAGAACAAGAAAGAUAGAGUAACUGUUUGAGAUUUCUGGUUUGAUUGCUUUCUUAUAGAGUAACCUUAUUGAGAUUUGAUUGCUUUCGUUUGUGUGCAUAAAAUUUGUUUGGAAACUGCAUUUCAGAACAAUAGCUCCAUUUUUCACAAAAAAAUUAAAAAAUUCUGGGACAAAGUUAUUGUAUACAUUUAUCCCGGGCAUGCCAUGCUCUUGCAUAUUUCGUACUAUGUCAAAUUUCCUGGAUGUAUGCAUGUUUUAUUCGAUUGCUUUUAUUUUUUCUCCUAUGCUGUAUAUUGUAAAUUUUAUGAAAGUAUUUAAAUUCUGCAGA